AUGCCUUUGAACGUCUUCCGAAUCGCCGCGGAUUUUUCGCAUCUCGGCUCCAUCUUCAUCUUGCUUCACAAGAUGGUGCAGCUCAACAGCUGCUCGGGUAUCUCUUUCAAGUCUCAGACUCUCUACAUGCUUGUCUAUAUUACCCGCUAUCUCGAUCUUUUCUCGACCGAUAGCAUCUACAACUUCAUCUUCAAGAUCCUCUUCCUUGGCUCGCAAGGUUACAUCAUCUACCUCAUGACCAACGCCUACAAGCCUACCAACGAUCCUAAUGUCGACACUUUCCGCGUUCAGUACCUCCUCGCUGGAGCUGCUGUCCUCGCCAUCAUCUUCCCUUACCACUACACCUUUUCUGAGAUUCUGUGGGCCUUCUCCAUCUGGCUCGAGUCUGUGGCUAUCCUUCCUCAGCUCUUCAUGCUUCAGCGAACUGGCGAGGCCGAGACCAUCACCACCCACUACCUCUUCGCCCUCGGCAGCUACCGCGCUCUCUACAUUCCCAACUGGAUCUACCGAUACUUCUCCGAGACACACCACAAGGUCGACACUAUUGCCAUUGUUGCUGGUAUCAUCCAGACCGUCCUGUACAGCGACUUCUUCUACGUGUACUACACUAAGGUCCUCAAGGGCAAGAAGUUCAAGCUCCCUGUCUAA